AUGGUUUUAUCAUGGCCGAAACAUGGGGUUCUCCAAGUUCGAGCCCCUGAGAAGCAUUCGGCAUUUGGUUCCCCACUCGAUCCUGAAUAUAUGGUCAAAUGGGACCAAGACGAUCAAUUGAACCCUCAGAAUUGGUCUGUCAAAUACAAAUGGUGGGUGACUUUUCAACUUGGGAUGCUCGCUUUGGCGGGUAGUCUGGGUUCAAGCAUUACCACACCGGCCGAUGACACCAUCGCGAAGUAUACUGGCGUGAGCAAUGAAGUUGCUGUAUUGGACGUCUCAUUGUAUCUACUUGGAUUCGUUUUCGGCCCGAUCAUCUGGGCACCUGUCUCGGAAAUCUGGGGCCGAAGAGUCAGUAUUCUUCCUGCUGUCUUUUGCUUGGCCUUAUUCUCUAUCGGGACAGGAGCGAGCAGAACUGCAUCUUCGAUCUUUGUCACCCGAUUCUUCGCUGGAUUCUUCGGCUCGGCACCUAUCAGCAAUGUCAUUGCUGCCCUGGGUGAUAUGUGGAGCAAAGAGACUCGUGGGACGGCAGUCAGUCUUUACGCCGUGGCUGUCAAUGGUGGACCCGCGCUUGGUCCCGUCAUAGGCGCAGCACUGCUGAUGAAUCCUGACCUCGGCUGGCGCUGGACUGGAUACAUCCAUGCAAUCUGGGUCUUUGUGGUGUUCACAUUGACAUUCUUCUGUCUACCAGAGGUCUACCCGUUGGUAUUACUAAAGCGCAAAGCCCAAAAUCUUCGCAAGAACACGGGUGAUUCGAGGUUCUACCAUCCCCAUGAACACUUGAGUCUAGAUGUCCGAUCUGUUCUCACAAAACAGCUCGCGCGCCCCUUGCGAAUGCUCAUUACCGAACCGAUAGUGACGUGCAUUGCCUUCUACGCUUCGUUCGUGUAUGGUGUCAUGUAUCUCACCCUUGAGAUCUUCCCUCUUGCAUUCCAAGAGGCCCGUGGAUGGAACCAUCUCAUUGGGUCGUUGCCUUUCCUGGGUUUAUUGAUUGGCGUUAUAUCAUCUGUGGGUCUCAACAUCUGGAAUCAAUACCGUUACAACAGAGUCUCAACUGAGGCAGGCGGGAAGGCUGUACCGGAAGCCCGGCUUCCGCCCAUGGCCUUCGGGGCAGUUUUCAUGGUUGUCGGGCUGUUUUGGUUUGCUUGGACUGCCGAGCCACCCCAUCACUGGAUCUUGCCAUGUUUGGCAGCGGUCUUUAUUGGCGUGGGAUUCAACUGCAUUUUUCAACAAUGCUUGAACUUUCUGGUUGACGUGUACAAGAUCUAUGCCGCUAGUGCAACAGCCGCCGUUACUUUUCUUCGAAGUCUCAUGGCUGCUGGUCUUCCGUUGGCAGCUAAGCCCAUGGUUAGGGCGUUAGGAAUUGGCCCUGGUGUUUCUAUCAUCGCGGCGGUAGCUGCGGCAUUGCUACCAGUGCCCUUCUUGUUCAUGAAAUAUGGCCCCAAAUUGCGGAGAUACUCGAAGCUUGCACCCGAGGAUUUAUGA